AUGUUGUCGGCUUCCCUUCUUUCCAUUGCGGCUUUGACCGUUCCUAGUGUUCUGGCUGCUUCCCUUCGUGACCAGCUUCCAGGAGUGCCAGCAGGAUGGUCUGUCUCAGGUACACCUGAUGCCUCUCAGUCAAUCACCCUAAAGCUUGCUGUCAAGCAACAGAACAUCGAUCAGCUUGAGGGUCUUCUGAAGUCGGUCUCUGAUCCAUCAAGCCCCAACUACGGAAAAUACUAUACCGCUGACCAGGUCAAUGCCCUCUUCGGCCCUUCUACCGGCUCUGUUGAUGCUGUGACUUCGUGGGCUAAGUCAUCUGGAUUGGAGAGCAGCCUUGAUCGUGGUCUGCAUGUUACUGUCAAGACAACCAUUGGUGACGCCAACAAGGUCUUCGGAGCCAAUUUCACAACCUUCAAAGACGAGUCCACGGGAGUUGAGAAAUUGAGGACACUCCAAUAUUCAGUCCCUGAUGAGAUCUCCGACCACGUUAACUUUGUUUCUCCUACUACUUUCUUCGGACGUACAGACGCACAAAGUGCUCUCAGGCUCCCGGAGAACGUUGGUAUUGAGAGACGUGCACCCGUGUCAGAGCCGCAAUCGGACCUGGCCAAGCGUGUGACCACUUGCAUCUCACACUCAGCUCACGGAACCGCAUACCUGGGUCCUGAUUGCUGGAAGCAGGUUCUCAACAUUACCUAUGUUCCCGAUGCUUCCAGUGGCAGUCGCAUCGGCUUCGGCAGUUUCCUGAAUGAAUCAGCCAUUGAAGCUGACCUCUUCCUGUACGAGCAGAAGUACGGCAUCCCGAAGCAAUCCUUCAACGUCACACUCAUCAAUGGUGGCGUGAAUCAUCAGGAGCCUGAGUACACUACUAUCGGUGAAGCUAACCUUGAUGCACAAAACAUCUUUGGCCUGGCUCACCCUCUGCCUGUUACCGAGUUCAUCACUGGUGGCUCGCCUCCUUUUAUUCCCAACUUGGAUGAGCCCACCGAGGCUGACAACUCCAAUGAGCCCUACUUGGACUACUAUGCAUACCUCCUGUCUCAGCCCAACGAGGCCCUUCCGCAGGUGAUCUCCAAUUCUUACGGCGAUGAUGAGCAGACUGUUCCUAUCGACUAUGCUACCUAUGUCUGUAAUCAGAUCGGCAUGAUGGGUCUUCGUGGUAUCACUAUUCUCGAAUCUUCUGGUGAUACAGGUGUUGGUGCCCCUUGUCAAUCCAACGACGGAAAGAAAACCCCUCAAUUCACACCCGCGUUUCCUGGUACCUGCCCCUAUGUCACCGCUGUCGGUGGUACACAGGGUAUCGAUCCUGAAGUGGCUUGGGAUGGUUCUACUGGUGGUUUCAGCAACUACUUCCCUCGUGCAUGGUAUCAAGAAGCCGCCAUUGAGACUUACCUUGGCUCUUACAUCAGCAAAAGUGUUCAGGAGUACUAUACCCCUUACACUAACUUCAGUGGACGUGGAUUCCCCGACGUUUCGGCCCACAGUUCGAACCCCUACUGGCCUGUUUUCGCAAAUGGUGUUCUUGCUCUCUAUUCUGGAACCUCUGCUGCAGCCCCCGCCUGGGCCGCUAUGAUCGGAAUGCUCAAUGACGCCCGACUCAAGGCCGGUCAACCCACUCUCGGCUUCGUCAAUCCUCUUUUCUAUUCUCUGAAGUCUGGCUUCUUGGACGUCACGCAAGGUGGAUCUGUCGGUUGCAAUGGUGUCAAUGGUCAGACUGGUGCUCAAAUCCCUGGUGCUUCAAUCAUCCCUUGGGCUACUUGGAACGCAACCAUCGGUUGGGAUCCAGUUACCGGACUUGGACUGCCCAACUUCGGUAUUCUGCUUGAUACUCUUGGCCUCAGUGCUUAUAACAAGACCGCAACACCAUCGUGUCCAUCAUGGAAUGGCCUUGAAUUCACUCCCUCAACCGGAAGCACCUACAAGAUCGAGUGCGGCACUGACCACGCUGGUGGUGUCUUCUCCCAAGUCUAUGUCAACGGCACCGACAGACUGAACAACUGUAUCAUGGCCUGUGAAGGCACUGCUGGCUGUAUCGAUGUCCAGCUCUCCGGAACUACCUGCUACCUCAAGGGUGCAGUCGGAACUGCUGUCUCCAGACCCGGUGCCGUUGGUGCUCGCCUCAUCUCCCAGCCUGUUGGUCUCCAUGCUCAGCUCACCACUACCGUAUCUUGCCCCAGCUGGAACAACACAAUCUACAACACCACUUCUGGCUCCCAGUACUUUGUCGAGUGUGGUGUUGAUCACCAAGGCGGUGACCUCAAGUUGGUCUACGUGAACGGUGGUAUCAAGAGCUGUGUUGCUGCUUGCGAGCAAACACCUGGCUGUAUUGAUGCUUCAUUGUCUGGCUCGGCUUGCUACCUCAAGAGCAAGGUCGGCAAGGCUGUGGCCAACUCCAAUGUCUUUGGUACCCUUUUGAUCUCACACAAGGGUAACUCAACUGCAUAA